UCAGUUAAGAAUGACAACAAAGUUGAAGGUGAUCGCUCUCAUUUCCGGAGGGAAAGAUUCACUAUUUUCCGUCCUGCACUGCCUAAAAAAUGGCCACGAAGUCGUGGCGCUGGCAAAUCUAUAUCCGCCAGUUCUGCCCGGUGGUGAUUCAAUCGAGGACAUCGAUAGCUUCAUGUACCAAACCAUUGGUCACAAUAUCAUCCCCUUGUACGAAGAUGCACUCGGCAUCCCUCUGUUUCGCGAGGAGAUCACCGGAGGUGCCGUGGACACUGGGCGCGAAUACGGACUGGUCGCAAAUGGAGACGAUGAAACCGAAGAUCUUGUUCCUCUCUUGGAGCGCGUCAAGCAAGCGGUUCCGGAUGCCAACGCCGUGAGCACGGGAGCUAUCUUAUCCACGUAUCAAAGAACGAGAGUGGAAGCCAUCGCUAUCCGCCUCGGUCUCACGCCGCUGUCCUAUCUGUGGCAGUACCUUUAUCUGCCACCGUACAGUCAAACAGGUUUACUGGACGACAUGAGAGCAGUAGGGCAGGAUGCCAGAAUCGUUAAGGUUGCUUCAGGAGGCCUCGACGAGACCUUUCUGUGGCAGGACGUCACCGACGAGUUCGUGAUGGCGAAGAUGAGAAGGCGGAUGGACAUGUAUGGCGGAGGCGAAGGGGGAGCUCUGAUCGGGGAGGGUGGAGAAUUUGAGACGCUUACUCUAAGUGGACCGGCGCCCUUGUGGAAGAAAAGGAUUGAAAUUGGCCACGUUGAAAAAGGAUCAGGAGAGAGCGGGAUCUCUUUUGCACGAUUGAAAGCCGCUAAAGUGGUAGACAGGGACGAGGCGACUCAACGCGACGCUAUGAAGGAGCUACGUGUGCCUCCGCUGCUUGACGUUGAAUUCGAGCAAGUUCUUCGUAUGGCCGCAGACCUUCGUCAUGACAACGGAUUCAGCCCCCUAGAACUGUCGCAGCCUGCGCAAGACGGUGACUACUGGAAGAAUGCGAACAAGAAUGGACACGAGGCUCGUGACAUAAGUCCUGGCGGCGAUUAUCUACAGCUAGCAAAUCUCAUGGCUUCACCAUACGGCUCAGCUCCGGAGCAGAUGGCAGGUAUCGUAGAUCAGUUGAUGGACAAGCUCAAAGCACUAGGAUUAGACCCAUCUCACAUCACUCACAGCACCAUCCUGUUGCGCAGCAUGAGCACGUUUGCCGCGAUCAAUCCCAUAUACGGUUCGAUGUUCGCGAAGCCAACCCCGCCAAGUAGAGUUACUAUUUCAUGCGGAGAGCUCAUGCCUCCGGGAGUUGAUAUCGUGUUAUCCACACUUGUGCAGACGAACAAGCAAAACGAUCAGAGGCAUGGCCUGCACGUCCAGAGCCGGAGUUACUGGGCUCCGGCAAACAUUGGCCCUUAUUCACAGGCUAUUAGCGUACCGUUUGGACCUACGCUGGCCGACUCUGAGGUAGACGCAACAGGUAGGCCAAGAAUUGUGCAUGUUGCUGGCCAGAUUCCGCUGGUUCCCGCAAGCAUGGAGACCGUGACUGCGGAACAGAUGCCAUGGGAACGCUCGCUGGAGCCCAAGCGAGAGAGUCUGAAGAGGUUCAUUGCACAAUCUGUGCUCUCUUUGCAGCAUCUUUGGCGAAUCGGUCGCGCCAUGGAAGUUGUCGCUUGGACAGGAGCCGUAGCGUUCAUCUCACGAUGCUCACUGGAGGAGGCGGCUUCUAGGGCUGCUCUUACAUGCAAUACGUGGCUCAGGAUCCACGACAUAAUACGGAACAAGGCCGUUGCUAGAGAAAAACAAGACGUGGACACUGAAGACGUAGAAUACGACAUCUGGGAUCUUAAGAACAAUGUCGCCCCAGUUUCAACCUCAAGAAGUGAUGGUCGGGACUUGAUGCCAGCUUUGCCGGACAUCGCCAAGAUUGCGAGUGGACACAUGCAUGCUGUGACGGAUCCCCCGGUGUUCGCCGUGCAAGUAGAGGAGCUGCCACGAAGUGUGGACAUCGAAUGGUGUGGCACCGGCAUCGCGUCUGCCUCGAACAUUGGAUAUUCUAGUAGAGUACUCCGAGGUGCUUCUGAGCAUUCCGCUUUUGUGGAUUUCUCAGCCGAUUCUCGUGCUCAAUUCACGUAUCUAGCCUUCGACACCAUUGAGGGAGUAAAAGAUCUCACGAGGGAAACGCUCGGCAAGGCCAACAAGUCAAUGACAAUGUUCGCAGCGAAACCGGUGCCGGAGGGGUUCGUCGGAAUGUCAGACGUCCCUUUCAUCCCUUGCUUCAGCAUCCAUGGGCGAGCUGGUGCAGAAUUAAAAUCCUUCGAGGCGUUGGUUAUCAUGAGACAAGACAGCAGCAAUAAGGAAGAAUGAAUUUCUUCGCGGCGCAACAAACGAAAUGCUUUUGCGUCAGCCGUGUGCACUCAAAGUCAAAAUCUUCUUAAUUCUCGCAAUUCUCUUUUCUGUAUUACUGAUCGCAAGAACUCU